AUGAUUGCGUCAACGGCACCCCGACUCCGUCCGCUGCUAGCAGCGGCAUUCGUGACAUUAAUUGUCUCUGCCCGCGUGCUCUCCGCGUUCAGGCUGGAAUAUGACGGGAUGGUUCUCCUGGACCUCAAGGACGCGGUGGGCGCAACUUUCCUCACCUCGUGGGACCCCGCAACGUCCGUAUGCGGCGGCACGUGGAGAGGCGUCUUCUGCGGCGACGACGGCGCCACCGUUGCGUCGCUCAGGAUAUCGCCGUGCGCUGAAUGGCCGCCGACGCCCAAGAUCGAGGCCUCCUUGGAGACCGCCAUCUCGCGGAUUCAGAAGCUCGGAAAUCUCGUCUCUCUCGACCUGUCGUGCAACAGCUUUACUGGGGGGAUUUCCACGACGCUCACUACCCUACCAAAGCUCAAGAUACUGCGCCUCGGCAGCAACAACCAAUUGGGGGGAGUCAUUCCCAAGAAUCUCCUCGCCAUGUCCUCGCUCGAGUACCUGGACGUCUCCAACACGAACCUCGAAGGCAACUUGCCACCCGAGAACGAGGCGUACGCAUCGCCGCUCUCGUACCUCGACCUAUCAUACAACCAUCUUGCGCUCGACCUUCCGAUGGCGAUGAGCGCGCUGUCAAACCUCCGCCACCUCAACCUGCGCGCGAAUGGUUUCAACCACUCCGACACGCCAACCGCGCUUUUGUACAUGAGCCUCCUCACCUUCCUCGACCUUUCCUACAAUCGUUUCGCCUUCGAACUGCCGUCGGGGUUCGGGUUCAACGUGUCCAGCCUCCGGCACCUGGCGGCCGGCAACAACCAGCUAGCCGGCAGCGUUCCGGAGUCCUUAACGCAGCUGACAGCGCUCACGCUCCUCGACCUCGGCUACAACGCCCUCUCCGGCUCCCUCCCGUCCGCGCUUCUGAGUCCCCCGCGUCUCGACAAAGCGAACCUGGGGCACAACUCCCUGGCGGGGAGUUUCCCCGCUGGCACGGCCUCGAGCAGGCUGGCCUUCCUCGACAUUUCCGCGAACGAACUUCGCGGCGCGUUGCCGAAGCACCUAGCCAGCAGCAAGUACCUAGGGAUCCUAGACCUGAGCCACAACCGGUUCACCGGUGCCAUUCCCCCCGAGUGGAGCGCGCUCGUCAAUCUCGGAAUCGUCAACCUGGGGUAUAACGACCUCACCGGGCGCAUUCCUGCGUUCCAGGCGCUCACCAGCCUCUAUAGCUUCUACGCGCCGCACAACCGCCUGUCCGGAUCGUCGGCCGGCGCGUUCGCGGCGCGCGGCGACAGGACGCUGCAAUUCUUCCUGGACCUGAGCUACAACCACGUGAGCGGCGACCUGCGACAGCUGGCGUCGCUCUUCAACUUCAUGAUUGUCAACCUGUCGCACAACGACCUGCGCGGCUCCAUUCCGGCGCGCAUGUUCCAAAACGUGCCCAUGUACAUGCUGGACAUGAGCUAUAACAACCUGAAAGGCGGCUUGAACGAAUUCAUGGCGCUCACCGACCUCGUCAGCUUGAACCUCGCCAAGAACCGUCUUUCCGGGUCGAUUCCCAGCCAGAUUAGCGACCUCUCGCGGCUGCAGCAGCUCGUGCUGGCGCGCAACGCGCUGUCCGGGAGCGUGCCCGAGCCCGUGACGGCUAGCAAGGGGCUGGUGAAGCUGGACCUGAGCAGCAACAGGCUGUCGGGUGAGUGCGUGACAUGCAUGGCACCAGCAGCCCCCCGUUUCCCUCCCCAUACAUUCGUCCAUUCCCCUCUCUUCCUCCAACCGCCAGGCAAGUUCCCUCCGAUCAGCAAGUGUCCCGAGGAGCUGGUUUUGGCGAGCAACGGAUUCACCGACGAGCUUCCCAGCAUGGACUCGUGCGCGGGCGUGGCGGAGCGCAUCGACCUCUCCUACAACCAGCUGUCGGGCGCCAUCCCCACCGUUCUCUCGCAAUUUUCCGUCCUCACGCACCUGUCGCUCUCGCACAACGCCCUCAACGACACCAUUCCCGAGGGAAUCGCGAAUCUGCGGAGCCUGCGCAUGCUGGACCUUUCCUGGAACCUGCUUGAAGGAUCUAUUCCCACCGCGCUUGGGCUGUCCGAGGCGCUACAAGAGGUGUAUCUUGCAGGGAACCAGCUCGAGGGGGCCAUUCCUGACGCCAUGGUCAAUUACCCUGAGUCUUCGUUCCUCCCCGAGAAUUACUUGCUGUGCGGCGAACCUGUAAAGCAGUGCCUUGAGGACUUUGUGGUAUUCUAG